GAUGAGUUUAGGCUCGAAACUCGAACUGGGCGAUGGCGGUGAACCGUCAACUUGGUUACCGCCGGGACCUCGCAGAGCUCCGCAGCCGCGGGCUGGUUCUGCAGCAAUUAUGCUUACCGCUCUCAAGAAAGGCGAUGGCGGAGACGACGCGAAAAAGCCAGGUGGUGCCCUUCUGGGCCUCGGCGGCCUCGGCGGCCUCACCGGCGUCGGGAACCUCAAGAGCAAGCUGUCGACCAAGCUGGUCACGAACAAGGUCGACGAGGCUGUUUGGCGGAGCAACCUGACGGACAUGCACAGGGUCAGAAACAUGGCGAGGACAUUGUGGCUGAGCCUGGAGCACACCAACGAGGCGGUGAUGCGGGUCGCCUUGGAGAUCGUGACUUGCCGGAAGGCCAGAAAGAUCUUGUGGUGGAACGACGACUUUUGGGCGUCGGAGGAAGGCAAGCCAGAGCAUCUUCGAGGUGUCAUCGAGGAG